GAGCUGGAAUUCCACGGGGUGAUGAGGUUCUACUUCCAAGACUCCGGACAGAAGGUGGCGACCAAGUGCAUCCGCGUCCCCAGCACCGCCAACUCCCGCUACGUCAUCGAGACACUGGUCGAGAAGUUUAGGCCGGAUAUGCGUAUGUUGUCCAUCCCCGAGUACGCCCUCUACGAGAUACACGAGAACGGAGAAGAACGUCGCCUUGCUGAGGACGAGAAGCCUCUCCUAGUACAACUAAACUGGAACAAAGAUGAUCGGGAGGGCAGGUUUCUCCUCCGCCGGAUGGACCUCUACAAUUCCGGCAUUUCAUACGAGGGUGGUUCUUCAAUAGUCAGCACUCUACCCCCUCACCCUACCACACCCAUACCCACCAAAGAACAGCCGUUCCAGCGUAAAUUGUCCAAACGUGAGAAGAAAGAACUCAAGAAGCAAGAGAAACUACGGCGAGCUAAUGAAGCAAAUGAAGCAGACUCGUCGGUGGCAGAGAAGUUGUAUACAGAAUUACCAGAGACAAGUUUCACUCGCAGCAUCAGUAACCCUGAGGCGGUGAUGAGACGGAGAAGAGCACAGAAGCUGGAGAAGAAACUGCAGCAGUUCCGAAGUAAAGACGGUGGUCCUGACACAGGUGGCACUCUGAAGAUUUAUGGUGAAUCUCUUCGUCCUGAUGUGCCUUACAAGACGUUGCUUCUGUCUAUUAGGGAUAAUGCCCUCAGUGUGGUGGGAGAAAUGCUGGACAAGUACGGCCUUUAUAAAGAGGACGCCAAUAAUUACUGUCUCGUGCAGACUGUCAUAGGAAAUGAUGAUGGUUAUGGAGGAGCAACUUCACCACAAAAAGAAUAUAUCCUUGAUGAUGAUGAGUGUCCAUUGGCCAUCCUUAUGAAUCAUCCACCUUCCAGAGGAUCCAUCAUGUUCCACGUGCGACGGCGGCCUGCGGAUCACGGCCCCCGCAAGCGGAAGAAGAAGCCGGUGAAAGGUGCGGGCGGCGGGGGUGGGCCAGGAGGAGACGCCCAUGACCACCACCGCCCCCGUGACCCAUACUUCCUGCCUGACAGACUGCCCUUCCUCAUCGAGCUGGGCCCUGAUGGCAAUGAACUAGGUGGAACAGGCAGACAUCAUCAACUACACCUCAACGUGACAGAGGUUGGCACAGACCGCAGUACUCACACAGGAGGACAGUCUCUUCAACUUUUUGGUGCCAACAUCCAGCCCCGACACUGUGUUAUUGCACAUACUGAAGGCAUUGUCACUGUCACCCCAUGUUCCAGGGAUGCCGACACCUUCGUUAAUGGACAGCGUAUAUAUGAGACCACAAUUCUUCAGCAUGGAUGCAUUGUCCGAUUUGGCCGAAUCCACAACUUCCGAUUCAUUGACCCGCAGCAGGACGACCGAAUGCGUCAACACCAUCUAAUAGACAGGUCUGGGCAAGAGAAGGCUGCUACUGGGGGACCUGGGGACAAGCAAGAGGCUGGGGGGGACACCGUGUCGCAUGCAGGGUCACACUCGGGAUCUCAGGCUGGGUCACGCAACUCUAAGUCAUCUGCGCAGGAACGACCCAACAAGAUUGAUCAAAGUUUUGAGGGCAGGGGCAAUUAUGAACGAUAUCCUCCCGCCCGCGAUCCUAUUCUUCCUGCGGUGCUAGAGUUUCGAGAGGAGAGUGAAGAUGCAUUUCUUCAUGCCAUUACGACUGACCUUGACCCCACAGAUGUACAGUUUAAGCUUGCUCCGACGUACACACUCUAUAUGGCUGCCAGGUUUAGGGCCUCUACUCACUACCGUCCAGACCUGAGCCCCACAGAGCGUGCCCACAGGUUAACAGAAAUGCUUACCAAGGUUGCAGCAAUGGUUCAAAAUGUCAUACAUUCCCGCCAUGGAGACCCGACGUCACUAGCAUUCUGGAUGGCAAAUGCCUCCGAGUUACUCCACUUUCUGAAACAAGACCGACAUGUUUGUGGAUAUUCCCUUGACGCUCAGGACAUACUUGCAGAAGCUGUACAAGUUGCCUUCAGAAGUUUGGUUGACUGCAUGCAAGCAGAAUUGUCUACAUCACUUCCCAUGUUCUUGGAGGACAGAGAUGAUGUAAAUGAAGAGGAAGGAUCCACAGCACAUGUAUUGUCCAUCUUGACCAACACCAUGGCUCUGCUGCGGCGGUGUCGUGUGAACGCAGCUCUGACUAUUCAGCUGUUUUCUCAACUCUUCCAUUUUAUCAACAUGUGGGUCUUCAACAGAAUUGUAGCUGAUUCACACCCUAACUUCUGUACCAGAGUAUGGGGUAUAAGGCUAAAACGCCGUUUAGCUCGAAUUGAGCUGUGGGCGGAGAAGCAGGGGCUGGAGUUAGCUGCUGACUGUCACUUGGCCAGACUCUCACAAGCAGCUAUGUUGUUACAUUCACAAAAGUCUGCUCCAGAUGAUAUAGCAACUAUAUCAUCCACAUGUUUCAAGCUUAACUCUCUUCAGCUACGAGCGCUUUUGGAGAAAUAUCAACCAAUGCCAGACGAGCCCAAAAUACCUCAAGACCUGAUUGACAAUGUUGUUGCUGUUGCAGAAAGCACAGCUGACGGUCUUGCUCGGGAGGAUGGAAGAGAGGUGCGCUUAGAGGAGGAGAUUGAUCUACAGCUUCCCUUCCUUCUGCCGGAGGACGGAUAUUCUUGUGAUAUAGUGCGGGGAGUUCCUUCGGGUCUUGCUGAAUUCUUAAAUCCUCUCCAACAUGCUGGACUCUGCAGUAUGAACCCACAGCCAUCAUCCUCUGGCUACUGGACCAUAUAUAUGCACGACCAGGAUACAAGGCCACCUCCCGGGCCUCGAAGUCCAAGUGUGAUGAGCAACCGAUCCAUGUCCAUUCCUCGGGGUGAGCCAGAAAUCCACGUCAUCCAGUUACACAAGUCCAACAACGGGAUGGGGCUCUCCAUCGUUGCAACUAAGGUGGGUGAACACGUUGCCUUGGUUACACAGGUGGGUGAACACAUUGCCAUGGUUACACAGGUGGGUGAACACGUUGCCUUGGUUACACAGGUGGGUGAACACAUUGCCAUGGUUACACAG